UUUUGUUUUUUUAAAGUGAGAGUUCCGGAACAAAACCCUCUUUGCGUCUGAACUGGCUAAUUCUGGCGGGAACCAAAACGGCGUAUAGAGAGUGAGUGCAGAAUCAGAAUGGGAUGUGAACCCCAAUCCACUCUCCCCAAAUGGGCAUCGAAGCCCUGCAUUAUGGGAAUCGAUGAAGCCGGCCGUGGUCCUGUUCUUGGCCCCAUGGUGUAUGGAUGUUUGUACUGUGCUCGUUCCUAUGAGAAGACUCUUUCUACCUUGAACUUUGCAGAUUCAAAGACUCUAAAAGAAGAGAAGAGAGAAGAAUUAUUUGAAACUUUAAAGGCUAAUGAAGCAAUUGGAUGGUCUGUUGAUGUCAUUGAUCCAAAGGAGCUCUCUGCUAAAAUGUUAAAAAAGAAUAAGAUCAACUUAAAUGAAAUAUCACAUGACUCUGCAAUUGGCCUUGUCACUAGGGUGCUAAACAUGGGAGUUCUUUUGACUGAGGUUUAUGUGGAUACAGUGGGAGACUCUGAGAAAUAUAGAGUAAAACUAUCCGAAAGAUUUCCUUCUAUCAAAUUUGUUGUUGCAAAGAAGGCUGAUAGCCUUUAUCCUGUUGUGAGUGGAGCAAGCAUAGUUGCAAAGGUUACACGAGACCGAGCAUUGCGAGAAUGGGUGCUUGAUGAAACAGCUGAAGGCAUGAAUAGGAACUUUGGUUCUGGAUAUCCUGGAGAUCCUGAAACCAAGGCCUGGUUGGAACAACACAAACACCAGGUAUUUGGAUUUCCAACAUUGGUCCGCUUCAGUUGGGGCACAUGCACUUCCCAUUUCAAAGACAUUGUUGAAGUCUUGUGGGAAUCUGAUAAAAUGGAUGAAGAUUGUCCUAGCAGUGGGAAAAGACAAUUGAAGUUGAGCAGUUUUGGUGUCACAACACCCAAAAGGAAAAGUGAAGAAAUAGAAUCAAGUGGUAAAGGACGUUGCAGAUUUUUCCAAGCUCGUAAACUUGAGCAGCUUGCUCAGUUUUAGCAAACUUCACCUCUUGUUUUAUGUGAUAGCUUUACUUUAAGGUUUCAACUACUCAGUACUGUUGUAGAUUCAAAUCAAUGAGUCAUUUGAUUAUUCCCAUAUGCAACUUUUAGUAAUUAAAUACAGAUUGUAGAAUCUUCUUGUGUUUAAGAAAUGAAAUUUAAGUGGGUAA